AUGGCUGAAAAUGAAUCACCCAAAAUUUAUUCUUGUCCUCCAAGAGAGAGCAGUAAAACACCAACAGAAGCAGCCAUUUUCUUUGGGACUGACAACACCAUGCCAAAAUCAGAAACUACUAUUACCUCUGAAGGAGACCACAUUACUUCAGUGAAUGAGUGCACACCAGAUGGUGAUUUUUCUACUGCAGCCAACAAGCUCACACCUACAAAGGAAAAGAUCAAGUUAGAAGAUGAUCUUGAGGCCACCCUGAAGUCAACAGCUCUUCCAGAGAAAGAAAUUACUACUCCGACUGAAACUACCAUCUCUAAAGCUAAGGAGUCAAUUACUGAAAAUUUCAUUCCGGGGAAAAUGGGAAGCAUCUCAUCCCCAGUUGGUACUGUUUCUUUAAUAGAUCUCUCCAGUAGCGUGGCAAAAGAAGACAUCCUCUUAGCCACCAUUGACACAGGAGACAAAGAAGUCCUACCUAUUACCAAGCUCUCUGCCAAAUCGGAGGACACCUCCGCACUUCCAGAUGAAAACACAGAAACUGAUGGUAGCUCCUCAAUCAAUCCCAACGAUCCUGAUGAUGGAGCUGUCCAGGUCACGGACUCCUUGAGUCCCGAGGCUGAGCUACCUCCCUCUACUGAGAACGAGGUCACCACCACUCCAGACACAAGCAACGUUGCAGAAGAGAACACACCUGAAAUUGACCUGAUUGUUUCAGGGGAUAGCGCCAAAGCUGUGAGAAAAUUAACUGAUUCGGAUGAGGAAAAAUUUAUCACUGUUUUUGAACUCACCAACGCUGCUGAAAAAGCCAAAGAUAACUCAGAAGAUACUUUUACUGAUGAGGAGUCGGCUGAUGGAGUCAAUGCUUGGAUGGAGAAAGAGACUGGGAAUGAAGCAGAGACCCAUUCAGUUUUGCUAACUGCCGUUGAAUCCAGGUAUGACUUCAUUGUCCCUGCCUCAGGAACUACCAACAUGGUGGAAGAACUGACCGCUAACACAACAGAAGACCUGUCUGAAAAUGAAACAGAGGAAUCUGAAACUAAGGUCACAGAGGAGUUUCCUGCAGUGACCCCUACAGUAGAUACCCCUCAACACAAGGAAGACUCUUCUACCCAUGACUCGGGUAUUUUCAAAUUGCUGAAAGAAGAUCCUGAUGAGCUAAUGAUGUAG